GUGUCUGAGUGACUGGAUGCUGAGAGAGAGAGAGAGAGAGAGAGAGAGAGAGGGGAGAGAAACGUUUACGAUUAGCGAUAGACCGGGUAGAGCACUGCAGGGCUACAGACGGCUCCUUUUCUGCAGCAAAAACCCGUAGCCAGCUGAUCCAAACGCGCUCACCUGACAAGGGGAACGGAGACGCAAGAAUAUUCUUCACUGGAGGAGUAACGCAAGAUACCGGUCCAGUGGAUUAGACUAUCUGUGGAAUUGGCUCAACUGUCAUUUUUUGUGGAUAUUAUGUAAAAAAAAAAAGAAGAAAAAAAAAAACAACAACCAAAAAACAGUCCAGCUGGCCAGCACGGCUCCAUUCAAGAUUUUGUCCCGGUGGAUUGUCUGUAGUUGGGGAAUUGGAAACCCGUUUGUAUAGGCCUACUAAUCAGGUUUUUGGAGAGGAUAUCCAGAGCGCACAUCCAGAGCUGCGGAGUGGGUCAGAUGAAUGUGUAGCAGAAUACAGCCAUGCCGAUAACAAGUAAAGGGUCAAGACGGAGGGCCUGGGUUGGCGGACCCUCUUUGUGCUCAAGUCUUUGGCGGUGGAAGCAACUUUUUUAUUUGUCCAUCAUCCUUGUUCUUGUUCAGUCUACAACUGUCUUUGGAGCACUGGAACUGCAGCUGGAUGAAGAGCAGCCUGCUGGGACCAUUGUUGGUGACAUUAGUGCUGGGUUACCGUCUGGUGAAACUUCAAGUCUUUACUUUAUCUCAGACCAUGAGGGCAAAGGCGUUGGCAGCGAUCUCAACAUUGAUGAGACCACGGGCAUCAUUACCACUGCACGCCGUCUGGACCGUGAGGAGAGGGACCAUUAUAACUUCAUCGCUGUGACAAUGACGGGAGUCACUAUUGAGGUGUCAAUCACCGUCAACGACAUCAACGACCAUGCACCUGUGUUCCCCAAAAAGAAAGCUGUUCUUAAGAUUCCUGAGCACACAGCUGUGGGGACGAGGUUUUCCCUGGAGCCUGCAACUGAUGCAGACAAGGACCAGCUGACCACCCAAGGCUACGCUAUUCGAGAGGGCAAUGUAGGCCAGGCAUUCCGACUGGAGACCAAGAGAGCUGCAAACAAGGUGCUAUAUCUGGACCUGGUUGUCAAUGGAUUGCUGGACAGGGAGAAACGUUCGUUGUACACUCUAGUCGUGGAGGCCUUCGAUGGGGGCUCACCCAGAAGGAUGGGAUCCAUGACCCUGGAAGUGACUGUGACCGACAUCAACGAUCACGCACCGGUCUUCAACCAGAGCAGAUACCAUGCAAUUAUUUCUGAAAGUCUCCCACAAGGAAGCAGCAUCCUACAGGUAUUUGCAACAGAUGAGGAUGAGGGCGAUAAUGGUCUGGUGCUUUAUGAAAUCAACCGGCGUCAGAGUGACCCUGACCGAUACUUCGUCAUGGAUAUCAAGUCAGGGGUCAUCACUCUUAAUAGACCCCUGGACUAUGAGCAUAAAAGGGUCCAUGAACUGGUGGUUCAGGCCAAGGAUAAUGCCAGCCACCCAGAGGUGACCAACGCAUUUGUGACGAUCCAUGUCCGUGACUACAAUGACAACCAGCCCACCAUGACCAUCAUCUUCCUCAGUGAGGACGGUUCUCCGAGGAUAUCAGAAGGAGCCCAACCAGGCCAGUAUGUAGCUCGGAUAUCUGUCACCGACCCAGACUAUGGAGAGUAUGCCAACGUGAAUGUGUCCCUUGAGGGGGGUGAUGGGAAAUUUGCUCUUACAACCAAGGACAGCAUCAUCUACCUAAUAUAUGUAGACCAAGUCUUGGACAGAGAGGAGCGGGAUUCGUAUGACCUCAGGGUGAUGGCCACAGACUCUGGCACGCCUCCCCUCAGGGCGGAGUCAUCUUUCACUAUCCAGGUAACUGAUGUCAAUGACAACCCCCCUUUGUUUGACCAGCAGGCCUACAGACAAACCAUUCCUGAGGUUGUCUAUCCUGGCUCCUUUGUUCUCCAAGUUACUGCCAGGGACAAGGACCAGGGCCCCAAUGGGGAUGUCCGAUAUAGCCUCCUCAAGGGCAAAAACUCUCACUCUGAUUGGUUUUCCAUUGACCCGGUCACAGGGAUCAUUACCACAGCGACUGCUCUGGAUUUCGAAUCAGAGCCGGCACCCAGCGUGACUGUUGUUGCGACGGAUAGUGGCCGCCCGCCACUGUCAUCUACGGCAAAGGUGGACAUUGUGCUGCAGGAUGUUAAUGAUAACACACCUGUGUUCUCCAGCAACAUCUACAAUGCCUCCAUCAAGGAGAAUACCCCAGCUGGGACCUGCUUCUUAGAGGUGUCGGCCACAGAUGAGGAUCGUGGUUCCUAUGGUGCUAUAUCCUACACCCUGGGUUCAGGCUCUGGAGGUGCAGCACCAAGCCACUUUACCAUAAACAAGGAGACUGGCCAGCUUUGCACCAGCACGGCUCUGGACCGGGAUGUGGGAUUGGACAAGUUUGACUUGACUGUAACCGCAACGGAUGGAGGUGGUCUGAGCUCAGUAACCCAUGUGAGGGUCUCAGUGGUGGACAUCAAUGACAACCGGCCCACCUUCUAUCCAGUCCUCUACACAGUCAGCCUCAGUACCCAUAGUGCUCCGGGAACCUCCGUUGUCAAGGUGACAGCCAAUGAUCCUGAUGCUGGGCAAAACGGCAAGGUGACCUACCGUACGGUACCCGGAGGAGGCUCCGCUUUCUUCACCCUCAACAAGGACACAGGUGUAAUCUCUCUCUCACGCUCGCUCCAUGGCAAAGCCAACACUGUCAUCUCCAUGGUGAUAUCAGCUGAGGACGGCGGUGGUCUGACGGCACCGGUCAAUGCCAGGGUGAACGUGAGUGUGGUAGGAGGCUCGGUGGCGUCUCCUGUGUUUGAACAGGCGCAGUAUUUCUUCACCGUGUCUGAGGAUGUUCUCAGAGGCACAGCGGUGGGAGUGGUCCGUGCUUCUGCCAAGACAGGUGUUUCUAAGGAUGUCUUCUACUCCAUAUCUUCUGGAGACCCUGAUGGUUACUUCACUGUGGACAGCGCAUCUGGUACCAUUCGUACAGCCCUUCCUCUGGACCAUGAGACGUGCUCCAGUCUUGACCUGGAGAUCCAGGCGCGCUGUGGCUCUCCUCCAGCAUACGGAACCAGCCGGGUACACAUAACUAUUUCAGACGUCAAUGACAAUGCCCCAACCUUCCUCCCCUCUUCAUCAGAGUCCCUCCUCUUACCUGAGAUCACCAAAAUGGGGACUGUUAUCUACCGCAUCCAGGCCUCUGACAAGGACUCUGGUCAUAACGGUCAGCUCAGCUUCGACUUGGUCUCUGCUGGGGCUGCAGGCAGCAGUGGUCAGAGGACGUUUGGUGUUGAUCGGGGCAGCGGAGAAGUACGGCUGAUUGGGAGUCUGUCAUAUGAAAGCGUCCCUCGCUAUGACCUUCAGGUGGUUGCCAAAGAUGGUGGGGCGCCUCAGCUUAGCUCCACCUUCACCCUCGUGGUCCACAUCCAAGCGCAGGAUGCACAAGGCCCCAAUUUCGACACCCUCACUUACCGUGUGGAGCUGCGGGAAAACACACCUCUUAAUACACGUUUCCUGCAGGUUAGAGCACUCAACCGAGAGGCUUCUGGGAAUGGUGGGAGUUCCUCUUCAUCUUCCUCGUCCUCUGUUUCUUACCGCCUCAGGCCUGAUGGCGAUGCUGCCGGGUUUGGAAUCAUGCCAGAUAGUGGUUGGCUGUUUGUUCGUAGCUCUCUGGACCGCGAAGUUAAGGACAUGUACCUGUUGACUAUCCUGGCCACCUCAGGCCCAGGAGGGGCAGGGAGAACCGGAAGCGCCACAGUCAGGGUGACGGUAACAGACGAGAAUGACAAUUCUCCCAGACUGAGCCAGGAGAGGGUGUUCCUGGCCGUCAGAGAGAACCUGCUGGCAGGGACAGGCUUUGGCAGAGUGUCUGCAACAGAUAGGGAUGCAGGACUAAAUGCUCGACUCACCUACAGGCUGCUGCACACUGACAGGCACUUUCAGAUCAACUCCCAGACAGGCGAGAUCAGCACCCGCCUUGCCUUGGACAGAGAGCAGCAGUCCAGCUACCAGCUUGUUGUGGUGAUACAAGAUGGCGGCACGCCCCCUCGCAGUGCCACUGGCACAGCUCAUAUCACUGUGCUGGAUGAAAAUGACCACGCCCCCACUUUUAUUCAUGCAAGGCCAGACAGGGAGCUGCUCCUUCAGGUGAUGGAGGGGCUUUCAUCUGGGACAGUGUUAGGUACAGUGUCAGCUAAAGACCCAGAUGAGGGAGAAAAUGGCACCAUCCACUACUCUUUAUCAGGCUCCAGAGCAGAGCGUUUCUCCCUUAACCCGACCAGUGGUGAGCUUCGCACCGCUUCCCCUCUGAGAUGGGCUGAGCGAGCCGAAUACGUCUUCAGUGUGACUGCUACCGACCAUGGAACGCCAGGCCUCAGCUCCACCUGCCAGCUUCGGAUACAGGUUCUUGGAUCCUCUAAGUCCAGCCCCAAACCCAACGUGCUCUCUAUGACACUGAACACAGUUGAAGGGGCUCCUCCGGGCUCCAUCAUUGGCUCCGUCCGCCCACAUGACCAGCUUGAGCCUGCUUUACUGGAGGGCCAGGUGACCUACCUGGUAGUGGGGGGAACAGACCGAGAUGGGACUUUCAUGGUGGACCAUUUAAAGGGCGAUGUGUACCUGGUACGUGAGCUGGACUAUGAGAAGGGGUCGAGGUAUACGCUGAACAUCGAGGUGUCGGACUUCUCCCAGGCAUUUCCCAGCAGCCACCUGGUGCAGCUAGAUAUAAACGUGCAGGACAGCAACGAUCAUGCCCCCCAGUUCACAGAAGACCCCAUUACCAUUGUGAUCCCAGAGAAUGUAGAACCAGGGGCUUCGAUAUAUACCUUCCAGGCUAUGGAUCAGGAUGGCAGCGGACCCAACAGUGAGCUACGUUACUCCAUUGAGCACUACUGGCCAAACACACCCGACCUCCUGGCCCUUGACCCCAUUACUGGAGUACUGACCCUGGGGCAGAAGUUAGAUUGUGAGUCUACGCCCUCUCUGUAUCUUGUGGUGCGGGCCACAGACCAGGCAUUGGAUCCUUUGCAGCGGCGCUGGAGUUCGGUCACUGCCCGAGUGUUCGUGACAGAUGAAAAUGACAAUGCUCCUGUCUUCAGCUCUCCGUCUGCGGUCAGCGUAAUGGAGGAUCAGCCUGUAGGCUUUGUGAUUUUGUACGUGAUGGCUCGAGAUGAAGAUGAAGGAGAAAAUGGCAGGGUGUCAUACAGAAUCCAGACAGGCAACAGUGCUGGUCGCUUCAGUCUGAACCCUAAUACUGGCUCGCUCUCCAUCCUUAAAGCCUUAGACCGAGAGGAACAGGAAGUCUUCAAUCUGACCAUUAUAGCAGAGGAUCAUGGGAUACCUCAGCUUUCCACCUCACAGGUGCUGUGUGUGCAGGUGAUUGAUGUGAAUGAUGAAGCUCCAGUGUUCCAGCGAGCAGAGUUUGAGACCCAGGUGAUGGAAAACCAAGGACCAGGAACCACAGUGCUUACAGUUACUGCCACUGACCGAGACCAAGGUUCUAAUGGCCAAGUGACAUAUGGUGGUGUGACAGAAGAAGGUUUCAUCAUCAACCCCGUGACAGGAGUCAUCACCACCACCAAGGAACUGGACAAAGAGCUGCAAGACCACUACACACUCACUGUGUACGCAAGGGAUGGAGGGUUGCCUCCUAACUUUGCCAAGGCUGUUGUCCGUGUGGAGGUGCAAGAUGUGAACGACAACGCUCCGGUCUUUGCAAAGCCGUGGUAUGGACUGGAGGUGCCGGAGAACCAGGCCCCUGUAGAGCUCUGCUUUCUCAAGGCCACGGACCCUGACUCAGGUCCUGGUGGAGAGCUGGAGUACAGGAUCACUGCUGGGGACCCCGAUGGAGAUUUCCAUCUUGACGCCAGCACAGGAGCACUGUCCACCUCACGCGGCCUGGACAAGGAGACAAGGGCUAAAUAUACUCUGGAGGUGGUAGCCACGGACCGAGGCAGCCCGGCUCUCAGCAGUACUGUCACAGUGGAAGUCAAAGUGCUAGAUGUCAAUGACAACAGCCCUGUUUUCAGCAGCAGCAGCUACUCUGUGGAUGUGUCAGAGGAUGCUGCAGAGGGGUCCCAAGUUCUGAAGGUGACAGCCACAGAUGCUGAUGAGAAUCAGAAUGGGAAGGUUCUGUAUUUCCUCAGCCAAGAGGCGCACGGAGCAUUCUCUGUGGAUGAGAACACUGGUCGUAUUACCACAUCGGCACCUCUGGACCGGGAAAAAUCAGCGUCAUACAGCUUCCACGUGUUUGCUGUUGACCUUUCACCUGCUGCACCCAGAAACACCUCUGCUCAGGUGACAGUCACUAUCCUAGAUGUGAACGACAACACUCCCUUCUUCAUCCAGGAUCCGUUGAUCAUCGAAGUGUCCAGCAGGCGAUCCCAGCGGGUUCUGGCCACCAUGAAGGCUGAGGACAAGGACUUUGGAGCUAAUGGCUCUGUGUUUUACCGUUUUGCCACCCCAGUGAAGGGCUUCAGCAUCAAUUCCCUGACUGGGGAGAUACAGGCCACUGAGCCAAUUGGAGAUCUGACCCAGGCUCAGAGGACGCUGAUUGUGGAGGCCAUGGACCAGGGCAGCCCAGCCCAGUCUGCACAGGGGGUGGUGGUGAUAUACGUGAAGGAGGUGGAGUACAACGGCAUCCGCUUCUCUAGGAAUGCUAGAGAUGUCAGUAUACAGGAGAAUGCUGAAAAAGGCACAGCUGUGGCUCAGACUCAGGCUCAACACCCAGAUGGCACACGUAAGGGUAUCAGCUACAGUCUCUUCAGUGGGAACAGAAAGCAGGCCUUCAGCAUCAGUUCCUCAACAGGUGAAAUCUGGGUGCAGAGCUCCUUUGGGCUGGACUUUGAAGACACCCCCAGACUCCGUCUAGUAGUGAAGGCUGAAACUGUGUCCUCCACGUCUUUCAUGGCUAUCAACUUGAUUCUGCAAGAUGUCAAUGACAACCUUCCUCGCUUCCAGCUGCAGAAUUAUGUGGCCUACAUGAGAGAAGCACAGGGAUAUGAAAUGCCUAUCAUACAGGUGGUGGCUGAGGAUGUGGACCAGGGCCAAAAUGGUCAGGUGACCUACUCCAUCCAGUCAUCAGGAAUGAGCGGCCUGUUCAAGAUCGACCCGAUGACAGGAAGCAUCACCACAGCAGCCAUCAUGGACCGUGAGAUCUUUACCCAGACCAAGCUAGUAGUUACAGCAACUGAUAGAGGAAGUCCUCGAUUGGCUGGUUCGGCUACAUUGACAGUAAUCAUUGUGGACCAGAAUGACAACAGUCCCACUAUUCCCUUGCCCCAGGAAGUUCGUAUCCCAGAGAAUACUCUGAUCGGCACAGAGAUCACUCUUGUGACGGGUAACGAUGUCGACUCCAGUCCUGCCCUCUCCUACUCCUUGCAGCUGGACCCAACAGCCUUAGGCAAGUUUGGGAUUCACCGCUACAGCGGAGGUGUGUCCCUCACUGCCCCUCUAGACUUUGAGGAGAAGACCUGGUACACCCUGACUGUCAGAGCCACAGACAGCCAGCACCAAACUGAGGCUAACAUUACCAUAUUGGUGGAGGAUGUUAAUGACAAUGCACCUACAUUCACCCAUGAUCUCUAUCAGGUAACUCUGCCUGAGCACACGCCGCCGGGGAGUGCAGUUGUCACGGUAACAGCAACCGACAGGGACUCAGGAGAGAAUGGGAAGAUCAGCUACAAAGUGAUGUCAUCAACUCAGGAGGGUUUCUACAUUGACCCCAACAAUGGAACCCUGUUCAUCAAUCACAGAGCUGAGUUUGACCCUGAACGUCCAUCAGUCAGUAUUGUCAUUGAAGCUCGUGAUGGAGGCUCACCUUCACUCUCCUCCCUCACUACUGUCCAGGUUCAAAUCUCUGACAUCAAUGACAACGCUCCUGUGUUCCACCAAUCAGAGUAUAGGGCUACCGUUUCUGAGGACACCAUCCCAGGAUCAACAGUUCUGACUUUUGAGGCCUUUGACAGUGACCUCUCUCGAGAAAACUGCGGCUUUGACUUUGCUAUUGCCAACGGAAAUGAAGGGAAUGCAUUCCAGAUUGAAAGCAGUGUGCGGUUCCUUGAGGGGCGAGGCUUCCAAACUGUCGGGACACUACUGUUGGCUGAGGCCCUUGACUUUGAAAUCAAGCCACUUUACAACCUCACUGUGGUAGUGUCAGACCGUGGUGUGCCCCAGAGGAGCUCUAAUGUUGCUGCAGUGAUUACCAUUGGUGAUGUGAAUGAUAACCCUCCAGUAUUCAGCAGAGCAGAAUACUCUGUGUCACUGAGUGAGGGAGCUGCUGCUGGGACUGAGAUCAUACGACUGACUGCCACAGACCCCGAUUCAACUCCCAAUGCUGAGGUCCAGUACACUAUCAGCUCUGGUGAUGAGGUUAACUUAUUUACUAUGGACCAAUGGACUGGAGCCUUGCGGCUUCAGCAAGCACUUGACCGUGAGCACCAGUCCACUCACACUGUCAUCAUCCAGGCUACAGAUGGACAGGGUCACUUCGCACUAGCUCCAGUCAUUGUGGAGGUCAAAGAUGUGAAUGACAAUCAUCCUUUCUUCCCUGUGGAAAUCUUGACAGCUAGUAUCAGAGAAAACCAACCAGCCAAUUCAGCGGUGACUGUUCUCCAUGCCAUAGACCACGACACAGGCGUCUUUGGCCAGCUGAAGUACUACAUGGUGGAGCGGUCUGGGGUGGGAAAAGACAGCUUUGCUGUGGACCAGAACUCUGGAGAAAUCAGAAGCAGAAUUCCCUUUGACUUUGAGAAGAUCAAUUCCUUUAACUUUGUAGCAUUGGCAGUAGAUUCAGGAAACCACUCAGCCACUGUGACUGUACAGGUGUUUGUCACAGGUGAGGAUGAGUAUGACCCGCUCUUCACAUCCUCUGAUUUCUCCUUUGAAGUUCCAGAGGGAGCCAAAAAAGGCCAGAGCAUCGGCCAGGUCCACGCAAAAGAUGAGGAUGAAGGUGUGGAUGGUAUUGUUCUCUAUUCUCUUCCUGACAGCUCUCCAUACUUUGAUGUAAACAAAACAACUGGAGUAGUUUACCUCAAGUUGGACAGUUCUGGUAGUAGUAGUAGCAGCGGGUCUGGUCGGAACAAACGGGAGGCCAGACUGAUGACCCUGGAUGUGAAAGCUCACAGUCCUCUGGAUACAUCUCGCACCACCACAGCCCAGGUCUCCAUUGAUGUCACCAACACCAACUUUGGUCUGGCCCCUGACGUCAACGUUCUGCUGAUUAGCAUCAUUGCCGUGUCCCUUGGUGUCAUUGUAUUGCUUGUGGUCAUGGCCGUCGUGGUGUUCCUAGUCAAGUCACGCAGGAGGAAGAAAGGCCAGGAUACAGGAAACAGAACUGUUGCCUCGGGAACUGCUCUGCAGAAAUUGGAUGAAUGCAACCCAGGACCAGGGGGUGAGAGGAUCUACCACCAGGCUUUGCCAGGCUAUGCUGGAGAUCAGGGUGGGGCAGGUGGGGGUCCCUACACAAGAGGAGGCUCUCUGGAUCCUUCUCACUCCAGUGGAAGAGGAUCAGCUGAGGCUGCGGAGGAUGAUGAAAUCAGGAUGAUAAACGAAUACCCCCGUGUUGCCUCCAUCACUUCAUCCAUGCAGGAGCACAUCUCAGCCAGGGGGCCAGACUCUGGCAUUCAACAGGAUGCUGACCAGCUCUCUGAUAUCUCCUGUGAGCCUGCAGCUUUGGAGGGCAGUACCUGGUUCAAAGGAAAGAAACUGGGAGGCAGUCUCAGUGGGACUUUGCUCUCUGGCCAGCUCCCAGUCUACAGGGACGAGGGAGGUGGGUACCUGGGAGUAGGCCGUGGCCUCAACAUUUCCCUCCCCAAAGAUUACGCCUUCCCUGAGGAUGGUAAACCUUCAGUGGAUGGUUCCCUCACAGCUAUUGUUGCCAGUGAUGAGGAGCUUCGUGGAAGCUAUAACUGGGAUUACCUGCUGAACUGGUGCCCUCAGUUCCAGCCUCUGGCUAAUGUCUUCACAGAGAUUGCAAGGCUGAAAGAUGAAACAGCCCAGCAGAACCAGAACCCUCGCCAGCCCUUCCAGCCCAAGCCCAAAAUGGAUCCCAAACCUAGAAUUGACCCUCCCCCCCUCAUCACAUCAGUGGCCCACCCAGGAGCCAUGUCAGUUCCCCCCAAGGUCCCUGUGAUAGGACGGACAUUCCCCCACUUGGCCUCACUCCGCAGGUCUCCUAUCAGUCAUGAGGGCUCCAUUUCAUCAGCAGCAAUGUCCCCCAGCUUCUCUCCUUCUCUGUCUCCGCUGGCAGCUCGAUCUCCAGCUGUUUCUCCCUUUGGAGUCAACCAAGGGCCCUCAGCAUCCAUGAUCAGCACCAGGGAGCCCUCACUGGACCAGAGUCCGGAUCAUGAGAUGAGAAUAUGAUGUCAAAAUUAGAAAACUAUUUAAGGAAGAACUGUAAGACAGACAACCUGAACAAAGCAUGACAGAACACUUUCGCUGUUCUUUUUCAUGGAACGAAAGAAAGCAAGUGGAGGUGUCAGUUGUACUGUCAUUCUCAAAAAUUAUGGUUUUAUCGUAAGAAUGAAGGUCCAAAUACUGACAUUUGUUUGGACAAUAAACACACCCAUAAAGACGUUCUUAAUCUUCUCCUGGUAGAUUAUUUGCAUUCUUUAAAGAACUUCCAUUGGUCGCCGGUGUUGUAUUAAUACACAAAGGUGGAACAUGUGCCUGGGUUGACAGGACCAGCCCACCCCCCCAUGUCCACAGUGACGCAGGUCUCGAUGAACUGAUGAAGGUGAAAAGGUGUGCACUUAUGAGGCCCUUCAGUCAGAGAUCCCUUAGUGUGUAGAUAGAUAAAUGUGUAGUUCUCAUGUUACCUCGCUGGCUGGCCAGAGAGCUAAGGACCUUGUUCCUCUCUUUGUGUCUGUGGACAUUUUUACACUCCAGUAUUAAACUCAUCUAGUGGCUGCUUUUAAAAUGGCCUCUGGACAUGUGUGUGAAUCCCAUGACAGACUACACUUGUGUGUGUUCACUAAGACUUUGGUUCAUUGAAUUGCCAAUGCAUCACACAGUGGAACAGCAAUGGAGAUUAUUGUUUUUCUCACCAAUUCAGAUGACACAUCUUAUGAUUUCUUUUAUUUUUAUAUAUUUUUAUAUAAAAUUAUGAUUUCAGACCCAGAAAUGCCAUUAUUCCACAUGGAGAGGUUAUUGUGUUUGUGUAUUUGCAUAUAUGUAUAUUUGUAUGUAUGCAGGCUACGCUAUGUACUGUAUGUAUGUGUCUCCUAGGUUUUUAGAGACUCUUGUGACAGUUCUUAUGUGAGUGAGAGGGAGACUUUUGUGUUUUUAGCAUUAUUUAUAUGAAAAGAGGACUUGCUGCCACAUUUCGACAGUAGGAAACCAAGUGCAGCUCACACUAUGCUGUGUUGUUACCUUAAAAGUUUUCUUUUUUUUGUCAAAUUGUAGAUCAUCCCAAAUUCAAAACAGCAACUGGAUGAAAACCUGUGAUCAAUCUGAAUGCCUGCUUCUCCAGCAGUUCAGCACUCUGUUGUGGCGUGCAGUUAUGCGCAACAACACACUCCCUUUGUUAUUCAGGGACAACUCAAUUUGCUGGUCACCUCUGUGUCUUUGAAAGAAAAGUGCUUCCUACAGUCUUCUACAUCUGUCAUUAACUUAAAUGCAUUUUACUGUGAAGUUGUUCAUCUCAGCACAAGGGAAAUAUCAUGCAACAAAAAGGCUGGGAUUCUCAUAGGAAAGUGGCAUAACUUGGCGAAUGUAGCACAUGAGCCAGACAAGUGGGGAGCAAAAGCCUAAAUGCAUCAGCCCUGAUGAAUGUACAAGGAUUUAGCAACCAGUACAGUAUUUAUUUUCCAUGUUACCUCUCUGUUCCAUACAUUAUAUUUCUAUGAUUCACACAUCGAGAUUGUCACCGACAUGAUGAGGUGUUUUCAGGUUCAAUGUGUUAAACUCAUCAUCUGUACCUACUCUCUUUUCUCUCAUUGUUCAGAUCCACUUUUAGCAAUCUGCUAGUGUAACAAGAGGCAAAAGGCUUUCAGUGUCUUCUUCAUUCUUCCAUAUGUAUUUAUUCUUACGGCCUGUUUUUAAUUUUUUGGGGUAGCUGCAGUGAUUGGAUGUCCUCUUGUUUUCAAGAGAUGGCUUCUACCUCUGUUCUUUGUUCAACAUAACCCUACAAAUCGCCUCAUGCAAAGCUGGCACUGGUUCAGCAAAAAGCUACACAUGCCAUGAGCCUAACUCCAGCACAACAUGCUCUCAACUCACAAUCAUGCUGUCUUAGAAACAUUUUCGUGUUGGAGGACCUCCAUUUGGAAUUCAGUUUGAGAUGACUGCCAGUGACUGAUCAUUGGAGCAAUGGCAGCAAAAAAGAGCUGUACAUGUAUUUAAAGCAAAUAAAUUCCUACUGAUCUCUUUUGACAAACUGGAGUCAGACUUCAUCUUUUUCAGACUUGGAUGGAAGAACUGAAAAGUAAUUAAAGUUCAACAGUGUCCCAGUUUAUAUGGGCUGUGCAUGGUAACUGUGAAUAAAUGGAGUUAUAUUCAGUCAUUUAGGAGAAGGUUAUUACUAAAAGGGAGGGGCAAUCUUGGCUUUGGGCAGAAUCUCAGUGGACCUUAUGAGAACAGAGGGCCAGGAGACAGAGCCGUAUUUUCAUUAUGGUCACCAUCUGUCCUUCAAAAACAGCAGAUAUUCCCCAGUAGAUAAAAGAAAACAGUAGCUCUACAUACAGUAUAACCACAUAUUGACAGUAUCGUUUUUAUGUUGGGUUUUUUGUUUGUUUUUUUAAUGUGAUGAAUCUAGUUGAAUUGCAUAUUAUGAAUCACAUUUUGAAUCAAAAGGCUAAGAAGCUGAGAACACUGAUUUCCAACAUGGUUCCUAGAUGUUAAAAACCAAGACAUAAAAGUGUAAAAAAAAAAGAAAAAAAAAGGUAUGUUUACUUCAGUUCUGAUGGCCAUUCGACCAGGGUUAGUGAAAUUUGUUUUAUGUACGGCAUGGAAAACACGUUCAGUACACAUUAUCAGCACCACAACAUAUAAGGAGGACAUAACACACAAUUAAUAAUUUUCUAGGUGGACAAUGAAGAGAUGCAUGUAUCACAAUGAUAUAUAAAAUAUAUCAGUAAAAUACAACCAUAACAAAAAUCUGUUUUAUGAUGACAUUACAGAAUGACACCAAAUAGACUGCACACUUGACAAAAUGUGAAUACUCAAUAUCACAGAUAUACCAAUAAAUCAGUAUACAGUUAUGACAUUUGAUUUCACUUUUAUAUCCCAUAAAAUGUUACAUCAAAUUGUGAUUUCCCAAGCUGAAAAAUUCUCACCAAACAAAAGUAUUUUAAGUAUUUUUCUUUAACAAGGUAACGUCAAUCCUUAGUGGUACCACCCAAACCUCAGCCAAGAUCCAGUCAAAGCUGGAUUCAGUUCUUCCAGCUCAUAUAAAGGCAUAAGAUGUUGAUGUAGCUGAAUAAUUGCAAAAUGUUUAUUUCAUAUGGAGCACAGACAUGUUUGCAUAGCUGCUGGGGAUUUCUGCCUCAUUUGGUCAUCACACACAGCCAUGCAGUGUUACUGUGUUAUUGUUAUGUACAGAAACAUGGAUUUUGACAAGCUGCAAAAGACAGAGCCAGAGACAGAAGCUCCUGUGGUACAAGUGAGACAUGCAAAAUUUCUUGUGAAAUGAGAGGUGAUGAU